CCAUCGUCGUCCCUGUUUCAUCGAUCCAUAUACUCCAUUAAUACUUGGGCAGCAGGGAAAGCAGCAUGAAGAUGUUCGUGGUGCUCGCUGUCCUUGCUCUCGCAGCCGCCGCCUCCUCUGCGCAGCAGGUCAGCUGGGACUGGCUGCAGUCGGGCAUGUACGGCGCCGGCGGGGUGUACCACUGCGCCGAGCUCCUGCGUCAGCCGCAGUGCAGCCCGGCGGCGGCGCCGUACUACCUCCGGCGGGAGCAGACGAUGUGGCAGCCGAGCGCCGUCUGCCAGCCGCUCCGGCAGCGGUGCUGCCAGCAGCUGAGCCUGAUGGACCCGAUGUCCCGGUGCCAGGCCAUGUGCGGCGUGGCGCAGUCCGUCGCGCAGCAGCUGCAAGGCGGUGCCGGCACCGGCGCCGGCGCCGGCGCCUUGUACGAUCCGCCGCCGCCGCCGGCGCUGAUGCGGCAGUGGCAGCAGCUCCUGCCGGCAGCCCAGGCGCCCAUGGCGGUGGCGCAGGCCGCGCAGAGCCUGCCCGCCAUGUGCGGCCUCUACCCGUUGCCCGGCUACUGCACCACCCCCUGCGCGCUUUCGGCUGCCGUUAAUCCUCCCUACUACUAUUGAUGUGGAAAUCGCGCUAUUUAGUGUUUAUGAUUAUGUAAUAAGACAUUAAUCCUCCCUUUCGUUGUUGACUGUCUUUUUCCCCCCUUUUGAA